AUGAAUCGCUUGAAUAACCUCUCUUCUCAUCUUUGUACUGCUUUGGCUCCUCCAAAUCAUCCUUUGGACCCGUUGUCUACUGUUGAGCUUGCUGCUGCAGUUAAAAUCAUUAAGCGAGCUUAUCCCGGACGUCAAUUUUCCUUCAAUACAGUCACUCUUCGUGAACCCCGCAAGGUUGAUAUGACUGAAUGGCUUAAAACCCCUGCUCAUCAUAUCCCUCGUGAAGUUUACUUUGUUAUUUUGGAAACUGGAACUCCUGGUUUAAUUGAUGGUUAUCUUAGUCUUACGGAUGGUCAAGUCAAGCUUUUUAACCACAUCAAGGAUGCCCAGCCUAUUCUUACAGCCUCUGAUCUUUCUAAUACCGAAAAAGUUGUUCGUACUGAUCCUCUUGUCAUUGAACAGUGUCGCAUUUCUGGUAUUCCCGCUGAAGACAUGCACAAGGUUUUCUGUGAUCCCUGGACCGUUGGUUUUGAUGAAAAAUACGGUAACAGCCGUCGUCUUCAGCAAGCCAUCAUGUAUUAUCGUUCAGACCCCGAUGAUUUUCAAUAUUCUCAUGCUCUUGAUUUUUGCCCUAUCAUUGAUACAGAGCUUAAAAAAGUCCUUUACGUUAAAAUUCCCAAAAUCCGUCGUCCCCUCUCUCAGGCUCCACACCCCAACUUUUAUCCCAAGGAUAUCGAAGCUGGCAUUGGUUUUCGCAAAGAUAUUAAACCAAUUAAAAUUACCCAACCCGAAGGUGUUUCAUUCAAAAUGAAUGGGAAUGUCAUUUCUUGGCAAAACUUUGAGUUUCAUAUUGGUGUCAAUUAUCGUGAAGGUCUUGUGCUGUCAAAUGUGCGCUAUUACGAUAAAUUCGAAGGCAGAGUCAGGCCCAUUUUCCGCAGACUUUCCAUGGCUGAUAUGAUUGUUCCUUACGGUCAUCCAGGCGAUCAUCACCCCCACAAGCUAGCAAUUGACAUUGGUGAAUACGGUUUUGGUAACUGCGUCAAUCCUCUAGGUCUCGGCUGUGAUUGUGUUGGUAAAAUUCAUUACCUUGAUUGGUCUCAUGUUCUUAGAGAUGGCUCUGUUUCCACUAUUAAAAACGCCAUUUGUAUUCAUGAAGAAGAUAACGGUCUAUUGUUUAAGCAUGCCGAUUUCCGUGAUGAGUUUCAGACGUCUCUUGUGGCUCGGGCCCGCAAACUUGUUGUUUCGCAGAUUGCUACAGUCGGUAACUACACCUACUGCUUUUACUGGAAUUUCCAUCAAGAUGCUACUAUCUCCCUUGAUGUCAAGCUUACUGGUAUUCUAAAUACUUACGUUGCUAACCCUGACGAAAAGACUGAGCCUUAUGGAACAAAAGUUUACCCAGGUGUUAAUGCCCAAAACCACCAACAUAUGUUUUGCUUACGCCUUGAUCCAGAAAUCGAUGGCUCUGAUAACUCUGUGGCUAUGGUAGAUGGUGCAAGAUCUACAUAUCCGGUUGGUCAUCCUGAAAACAAGUAUGGCAAUGCUUUUUUUCCCGAGCGCACUGUCUUUAAGACAGCUAAAGAAUCAAUGGUUGGUUAUGAUGGUUCUCGCUCUCGUACUUGGGAUAUCUUUAAUCCAAACAAGGUGCAUCCCUUUUCUGGCAAACCUGUAUCAUACAAAAUUGUUUCGCGUGAUGUUCCUGACCUUUUGCCUAAGGACGGUGGUAUUGUUGCGCGCCGUGGUGCUUUUGCAAAACAUGCAAUCCACGUUGUGCCUUACAAGGAUGACCAAUUGUACCCCGCUGGUCAGCAUGUCCCUCAAACAUCUGGUUUCCCUCCUGCAGGAUUGCCUGAGUGGAUUGGAGAAGGUAAUCAGAACAUUGAAAAUACAGACAUUGUUGUUUUCCAUACUUUUGGAAUCACUCAUUUCCCAGCUUCUGAAGACUUCCCUAUUAUGCCUGCUGAACCAAUUACGUUGCUGCUGAGACCCCGUAACUUCUUCCUCAUGAACCCUGCAAUGGAUGUCCCACCCUCUUAUGCAAUUACGGCAUCCGAGGUUCGUGCCCAAAAGUCUGGCAAUCAAGCUAUGUUUGAUAAAGGGUCUCAAUUGGCAUUUGGAAAUGCGCCUGUAGCACCUUCUAGUGACUGCUGCAAAUAA